CGUAGACAAGCCUUGUUCAUCACAUGCCACAGCCCACAGGCGAGGCGAGCGAGAACACGCGUGCGUUCCCUUCUCCUACCCACCUUCCCCGCCGCACGCCGCUGCGCUUCUCUUCUUCGCUCCUUCUCUGCUUCCUGUUUUUUCACUGUUCGUUCGUUGGGGCUGCGGGUGGGUGGGUGGCAUUGCUUGCCUGAAAAGCUCGUCCGGGGGAAAAGGUUUCCUCUUCCGGGCUUCACGUAGGUGGCCACAGGCGACGCUGCCCCUCGCUUCCUUUCACUGAUCCGACUGCCAUCUCCCACCCACCCACAAACUCCGCCGCUGCCGCUGCCGCUGGCUCUUUUCUGUUCGGCCUCCUCUUCCUCGCCGCGCGCCUCUCUAAAAGGUUUCGCCUCUUUUACCUUCCGACGAGAAAGAGACAGAAACUUAUCUUUUGGGGCGGUUCGGUGAAUGCUUUUGCUUUCUUCCUCAACCUUCUCCCCGUUUCAGUUUCAACUUGCUCCCGUAGCUUCCGGCUUCUUGUUUACGCACGCUGUCUCAACUCACCCGCAGGUAGUAAUAGGAUCGGUCGUCGCGCCAUGGGGCGGGCCAUGCGGUGGCUCAAGAAGGUGCUCACCGGCGGCGGCGGCAAGAAGGAAGGGGCCAAGGAGCCGAGCGCCGCCGUGCCGCCGAUCGAGAGGAGGAGGUGGAGCUUCGCCAAGGCCAGGAGCAGCGUCGCCGACGCCAGCCGCAGGCCUUCCGUCACCGCCGUCGUCGCCGGCGAGCUCUCCCAGGCCAGGCCGUGCGGCUGCGGCCAGGCGCGCGAGACGGAGACGGAAGCCGCUGUCUUGAUCCAGAAGGCCUUCAGGGGCUACCUGGCCAGGAAGGCUCUCCGCGCCCUCAAGUCGCUGGUGAAGCUGCAAGCGCUGGUGCGCGGCUACCUGGUGCGGAAGCAGGCGGCCACGACGCUGCACCGGCUGCAGGCGCUCAUGAGGCUGCAGGCCUCCUCGCAGGCCCUCAAGAACCUCUCCUCCUCCCGGAGGUCCAUCGAGCAGGAGCGGAAAACGUCGGUGCCUGUGGUGCACCGCCGGAGGCUGUCGGAGGGCGGCGCCGGGGACGACCGCAGCCCCCGGAUCGUGGAGAUGGACACGUGCCAGCUGCGGUGCCGGUCGUCCCGGAUCGCGGGCCGGUACGCGGCCGCCGACCCGCAGGCGCCGCCGCCGUCCUCGCCGCUCGCCUACUUCUGCAAGCCGCCGUCGCGGCUGCAGCUGCGGGAGCUGGAGCCGCAGCAGCCCAAGACGACGCAGAACACGCCCCGCCUCCCGGCCAUCGUGCCCGGCGGCUCGCCGGCGAAAGGCCGGCCCUCGUGCGGGGGCGGGCGGGAGUCGAGCAGCCCGCGGUACAUGGCGGAGACGGCGUCGUCCGUGGCGAGGGGCCGGUGCCAGAGCGCGCCGAGGCAGCGGCACGGCAACAACAACCCCGCCGCCGGCUUGGCCCCGGGCCUGGCGCGCGGCGGGUCGAGGAAGGCGGCGCCGCAGUCGCAGGACAGCUUCAGCUUCAAGAGCUCGGAGGCGUGCAGCCGCGUGGAGGACUACUCCGAGAUGAGCGACGAGGUGACCAGGGACUACUACCUCGACCAGCUCUGGUGAUGAUCGCCCGGCGCGCUACUAAUCAGGGCGUGAAAGCCAUUAACAUCGUCGUCUCGGUAUAUAGUUAGUAGGAGUAUCAUUCAGGAUUAACAAAAUGCUUAGCAGUAGUUGUAGUUGAUGGCACGGCACAUCAUCAUCGUCAUGGUCAUCCGAUGUUAACCGCCAUUGUAGCAGCUCGGUGGAGCGAGCAUGGCAUGCCAGAGAGAAUGGGAAUAAAAUCCGUUCUGCUUCCGCGAGACCA